AUUUAGAUGGAGAUCGACAAAGCUAUCAAGGCAAGCGAUGACAGGAGGCUGAAAACGAAAUACAAUAACGCCAUCUACAUUAUUCAAAGGGCACUUACUCUCUAUUCAAUUGAAGAAGUUGCAUUUAGCUUUAAUGGUGGGAAGGAUUCAACUGUUCUGCUCCAUCUGCUCAGGGCUGGCUACUAUUUGCAUCAAUGUGAAAAAAGUGUUGAAACUAAGGACACUGAUAAUUCCGACAUAAAAUUCCCAAUAAGAACUAUCUAUUUUGAGAGCAAUUCUGCCUUUCCUGACAUCAACUUGUUCACAUAUGAGACUGCAUCGACUUAUGGAUUGCAAAUUGAUACUCUCCGUCAAGAUUUUAAGUCUGGCUUGGAAGGUCUACUGAAAUCCACGCCUAUCAAGGCCAUUUUUCUUGGAGUUCGAAUUGGUGAUCCUACAGCGGUUGGCCAAGAACAAUUCUCCCCUAGUUCACCUGGAUGGCCAUCUUUCAUGAGAGUUAAUCCCAUUUUGGACUGGUCGUACAGAGACGUGUGGGCGUUCCUUUUAACUUCUAAGGUUCAAUAUUGCAGUCUUUAUGACCAAGGGUAUACUUCAAUUGGAAGCAUACAUGAUACAGUUCCAAAUGCAUUAUUGUCGAUUGGCAACUCCCCUAGUUCCGAAGCAAAAUUCAGGCCUGCGUAUUUACUUUCAGAUGGGAGAUUAGAAAGAGCAGGAAGGAUAAAGAAAUCUUCCCGCUCUUUGUCUGGACGAUAUCCAGCUGUCUGCAAUGGCCUUAAAAAUGAAGAAACACGUUCAGGUGGCAUGCUUACAGCCUCAAUAAUUGCUGUGGGAGAUGAGAUUUUGUCUGGUAGUGUCGAGGACUUAAUAGGACCUUCUUUGUGCAAAAAACUGCAUUCUGUAGGCUGGCUUGUAUCACGUGUAGCAGUGGUUUCAAACAAUGUAGACUCAGUAGCUGAAGAAGUUGAAAGGCGCAAGUCUACAAAUGAUAUGGUUUUCAUAUAUGGCGCGGUUGGUCCACUUCACUCAGAUGUUGCUGUUGCAGGAGUUGCAAAAGCAUUUGGAGUUCGAACGGCCCCAGAUGAGGAGUUUGAAGAAUAUCUUAGGCAUCUUAUUGGUGAAAAAUGCACAGGUGACAAAAAUGAGAUGGCUCAGUUGCCUGAGGGUAUUACUGAAUUACUGCAUCAUGAGAAGCUGCCGGUUCCAUUGAUCAAAUGCUUAAAUGUGAUUGUUCUUGUGGCAACCAAUGUGGAUGAGUUGGACAUGGAGUGGGAAUGCAUUAUUGAAUUGUCGAGAUCAGGCAGCCUGCUCACAUUGGCAGAACCACUUGUCUCGAAGUCCUUCACAACAACUCUAUAUGAUGUGGAACUUUCUCAAGAGCUAUCAAAACUGUGUCUUGAUUACCCAGAUCUUUAUAUAGGGUGUCACCGCAAGUCAAGAAAUAGCAUGCUUGUGAUACAUUUUGAAGGCAAGGAUGAAGAAAAACUGCAAGCUGCUGCAGAUGCCUUGAACAAGAAGUUCAAUCCAGGGGUAUUUACAGAAUUGAACUGAGACAUAAGAUGCAUAAUUCUUGUUCAACCAUGGGAAACUCGUUUGUUUCCUCAUUUGGUAGGUAAAAUACACUCACAUGACAUGGUAUAAAAAUCAAUGCCUUAAAUCUCGUUGUUUGAUUCAACUCAAAUGCUUCACGCGAUAAGAUGAGACAGAAUCAGUUUUUUAUUCUUCCUUUUUUUAAGAAAAUUGGUCAUAUUGCACUAAUUCGAUGCCUUGUUUUUGGACUUGAACCAACAUAAAAUGUCCUCAGCCUAGUUAUUUGCAGAAAUGUUAAACAAAAGGACUAGCCAUGUGUAUCAUGUUUAUGUAGUAGUUUUUUUCUACCAGGCUUCUACUCUAAAGUCUAAACCUCAUUUUUUUUAUUGGUCUUUUGUUUUGUUUUAGUCAAAAGUAGUGUUUCUUUGUCAUAAUCCAAGUAAAGAAAAAAUGGCUUCCCCUU